CAAUGAUGUACCUACUGCGGCUGGCGACAUCUGCGAUUGGAUGGGGGAAUUUCGCUCAUCCUCCGUGACACGGGACUAUCAGCAAAUGUGUUCUGGACACAGUACGACUACUACGUAUUACGGCCGCCCGCAAGGACCCGGAAAACCUUGGACGACCGAAACCGUGGUAGUAUGUGUGCAAGCCGAAGAACAGAUGAGAGCUGAAGAAUUCAAAUUUGUAAUACGGCGCGCGAUAG